UUUCUGAAUUUCUUCCCGUAUUUUUAUUAAUUUUUACUUCCUUAGUUUAACUCUAAUCCUCCAUCGUGUUUGUUUUCCUCCAAACUUCAUUAUGUUUCAGCGUGUGCGCGCUCCCGCUUGGCCACAUGCGCGCGUCCUGACGCUCCUCGGAGGAGUCGCGUUUCCAUCCAGAGCGAAUCAAGCAGGAACCGCCGGACCUCCGCUGCUGCUGCCGCUGCUGGGAUUUUUAUCCUUUUCCCGUUUCCUCCUCACCUUUCUGGGAGCAGGACGGAGUUUCCCGUUUGGCGCCGAUGCUGGACGCUUCAACUGGUGUUCCGGAGGCGAUGCUGCCUGGAUUCUGGGCUGAGGCGGGCUCAGCGGGUUUUCCUCCACAGCCUCAAUGAAAGUUGGAUUUUUUUCCCCCCGCAGGUUUCCCAGAGGAUGAGUAAAUGGAAAGGAUCGGGAUCAGGUGGUUCGCAGUGAAGCCGCCCAUUUUUCCCGUUUCUGUCUCCGGUUUUUGGAUGAAGCGUCUCCCCUUCACUCCCACUGACACCAGCUCGGAUUUCCCCUCUUGUGCGUUUCCAGAAUGGCUCGCUUCGCAGACGAUCUACCCACCCGCUAUGGAGGGAGCGCGGGCGGCGGAGGGAGAGGCGCCCCGGGCGCCGGGAGAGGGGGCGCCCGGGGCGGCGGCGGCGGUGGCGGGCAGAGGAUGUACAAGCAGUCCAUGGCCCAGAGAGCCCGAACCAUGGCCAUUUACAACCCGAACCCCGUCAAACAGAACUGCCUCACGGUCAACCGCUCCCUGUUCAUCUUCCGUGAGGACAACCUCAUCAGGAAGUAUGCAAAGCGAAUAACAGAGUGGCCUCCGUUUGAAUACAUGAUCCUGGCAACGAUUAUCGCCAACUGCAUCGUCUUGGCACUGGAGCAACAUCUACCUGCUAGCGACAAGACGCCGAUGUCAGAACGCCUGGACGACACGGAGCCGUACUUUAUUGGAAUAUUCUGUUUCGAGGCGGCCAUUAAGAUCAUCGCCCUGGGCUUCGCGUUUCACAAAGGCUCGUACCUCCGCAACGGCUGGAAUGUAAUGGACUUCGUGGUCGUCCUCACAGGGUGAGUCCGCCUCUCUGGGCUCGAUGCCUUUACAGUGGCUGAUUUCAAGCGUGAAUGUUGCUCGACAAGUGACCCAUUCCUCGAUGGUUUCGGGAUUACAUCACCGUUACGAUGGGAAGAAGUGCAAAGAUACGCCGAAUAAAUGCAGAAAGCGGUUUCAAAUGAUGAUUUCAUGAAUUAAAAGGGAAAACAUAAGGUAAGAUAACAUAAUGAGGUUUUAGUGGAGGAAAUGUGGCCUUAAAUCAGCCUUUUUAGGGUUAUACCACAGCUACUUUGACUAGGCCAUUCAAAAAUCUUAAUUUUUUGUUUAUAUUUUGAGAAAAUCCUUCAUAUUAUUGUUCCACACUGAUUGAUAUCAAGGGAUGUGUUUCUCAUUCGUUCUU